AUGGGGAUUUUUAAGAUUUUAGGAUUGAUUCUAUUUCUUAUAAUUUCUUACAUAGCCUUCGUGGUCGUCGUUCCUCCUUUAAAUCUUCCUAAAAAUAUACCUACCAUUCCGUUUUAUGUAAUAUUUUUACCAGUUAUAUUUCCCAUUGACCAAACAGAGUUAUAUGAUCUUUAUAUAAGGGAGUCAAUGGAAAAGUAUGGCGCUGUAAAAAUUUUUUUUGGUUCACGAUGGAAUAUUCUCGUUUCUCGUUCUGAAUACUUAUCACAAAUUUUUAAGGAUGAAGAUACUUUUGCAAAGAGUGGUAACCAGAAGAAAAUUCCAUACAGUGCUAUCGCUGCUUACACUGGCGACAACGUUAUUAGCGCACAUGGAAAAGUUUGGCGGGAUUAUAGAAAUGCUAUAACAAAGGGGCUACAGCAUUUUGAUGAUGCGCCAAUAUCCAAGAAUGCGAAACUCUUUUGCAAUAAAAUAAAAGAAAGGGUACAAAAUGGGCAGGUUUCGGUUCAUAUGGGGCCCUUGUCUCAGAGGUUGGCAUUGGACAAUAUUUCUCAGGUGGCUCUUGGAUUUGAUUUUGCUACAUUGAAACAUGAAAAAAAUGCUUUGCACGAGCUCUUAAUUCAUAUUAAGAAGCAGAUAUUUCAUCCGUUCUUCCUAACUUUCCCAUUUCUUGAUUUGCUUCCUAUCCCUUCAAGAAGAAAAACCUUCAGGGAUAUUGCGAGGUUCAGAGGACUCCUCGUUAAAAGAGUUCAAGACCAGUUGAUUAAUAAUUACAAAUUUGAACAAACGACAUUUGCUGCCAGUGAUUUGAUUCGUGCUCAUAAUAAAGGAACAAUUGAUUACAAACAAUUAUCCGAUAACAUCGUUAUUAUUCUUGUUGCUGGCCAUGAAAAUCCUCAGUUGCUUUUUAAUACUUCAUUGUACCUCUUGGCUAAGUACUCAAGUAAAUGGCAGGAGAGACUCAGGCAGGAAGUAAAAAAUGUUACCGACCCGAAAGCCCUAGCGGAUUUACCUUUACUCAAUGCGUUUCUUUUCGAGACAGUUCGGAUGUAUCCUCCUCUAAACACAAUUAUUAAUAGGUGCACUACUAAAGUAUGCAAGCUCGGAAUGGACAUUGUAAUACCUAAGAAUGUGUAUGUUGGGUACAACAAUUUUGGAACAUCACAUGAUGCCAAAAACUGGGGUCCUACAGCGAACGAUUUCGAACCGGAUAGAUGGGGCUCAGAUAUUGAAACAAUAAGAAAAAACUGGAGACUUGCCAAGAAUAGAUGCGUCGUGACGGCGUUUCAUGGAGGCCGAAGAGCGUGUUUGGGAGAGAAGUUAGCCUUGACUGAAAUGAGGAUCACCUUAGCUGAAAUGCUGAACCAGUUGAAAUGGUCCCUUGACCCAGAAUGGGAAGAAAAAUUCACUCCUGCAGGACCGCUUUGUCCUCUCAAUUUGAUGUUAAGGUUCAAAGAAAAUGUAGCAAAAUAA